AUGUCACCGUCUUCUUCAUUCUCGUCUGUGGAACAGGAAUUGAACCAGGCCCAAUCUGAGCACUUCGAGUGGCUCAUCGUCAUCAGGGAAAAGCGCGGCCAUGUCAUGUACAGCGUCGAGCUGCACCGUCGUAUGACCGUUACCACUGCUGUGCACGCCAUUGAAAAGGCCUACAACGACACUCAACCGAGAAACCCGUGGUACCACUCCCGGGCUCAGCUCGAACAUGCUGUCAUGUCGUCCUUCACUGUCAACCCUGAUCCAGAAGCUCAAGACUACCCCCGCGCCUUCAUCCUCAAAUCCAGCACUCCACUCUUCGAGCUCACCGAAGCCUUCCAUAACCCUUCUCUUCUCAACGGCACCAGCGCCUCUUCCAUCCGCGAGAACCCGCAUCUCAAUCUCGCAAAUGGCAGGAGUCCCAUUGACAGCCACUAUCAUGCCAUUCUGAUCAAGACCGAAGCCAGCCGCUGGCUUAUCGUAGCAGGAGUGGCCGGUACCAUCGUUGUCGCGGCAGUCAUUGGGUUUGUCGUUGGAUACAUGGUUGGGGAUGCUCAAUUGGGUGUUGCAGCUGGGGCGACUACCGUUGCUGUUCUCGCCUUCGUUCAGGGCUGCUUGUUGUUAUUGUAG